UCCCUUUCGGCAACGCCCUUCGUUGCCCGGCAGCCUCUCCCGCCGCCGGAGACGAUGAUUUCCGCCCCCGUCGCGCUUUGGCGCCGCACGAGCUGCCCCCUGCUGCUGCUCCGCCGCCGGGCCGGGCAGAAGCUGAUCUCCGGGAUACGCAGGACAAUUUUUCUGAGGACAGCCUUAAGCAUGGCCACAGGGGGAAAAGGCAGCCACUCCAGCAACAGUCUCCAUACUAACCGUCUCAUCCAUGAGAAAUCUCCUUAUCUCCUUCAGCAUGCCCAUAACCCUGUUAACUGGUAUCCAUGGGGCCAGGAAGCUUUUGAUAAGGCAAAGAGAGAGGACAAGUUAAUAUUUCUGUCAGUUGGCUAUUCAACUUGCCAUUGGUGCCAUGUUAUGGAGCAAGAAUCCUUCCAGAAUGAAGAAAUUGGUUGGAUUUUGAAUGAGAAUUUUGUGUGCAUCAAGGUGGAUCGUGAGGAGCGUCCAGAUGUUGAUAAAGUUUACAUGACCUUUGUGCAGGCGACCAGCAGUGGAGGUGGUUGGCCAAUGAGUGUGUGGUUGACUCCUGAUCUCAAACCAUUUGUAGGUGGAACUUAUUUCCCUCCUGAGGAUGGAAUUUAUCAGGUUGGCUUUCGGACUGUUCUGCUUCGCGUCCUAGAGCAGUGGAAACGGAACAAAAGUGCCCUUUUGGAAAACAGCCAGAAAAUCUUGUCUGCACUGUUAGCUAGGACUGAUGUUGGUGCUCGAGGGGAGGAAGCACCCCCACCCUCAAAAGAGGUGACAACCCGAUGUUUCCAACAACUGUCAGAGACUUACGAUGAAGAAUAUGGUGGAUUCUCAGAAUCUCCCAAAUUCCCUACCCCAGUCAAUUUGAAUUUUCUGUUCUCCUGUUGGGCUCUUAAUCGGUCAACCACUGAAGGAGCACGAGCACUUCAGAUGGCCCUGCAUACACUCAAGAUGAUGGCAUGUGGGGGUAUUCAUGAUCAUAUUGCUCAGGGGUUCCAUCGCUACUCCACUGACCAACGUUGGCACGUCCCUCACUUUGAAAAGAUGCUGUACGAUCAGGGUCAGCUGGCAGCAGUUUACGCCAAGGCAUUUCAGAUUUCUGGUGAUGAAUUCUUUGCAGACACGGCAGCAGACAUUCUGCUUUAUGUUUCUCGGGAUCUGAGUGACAAUUCUGGGGGGUUCUACAGUGCAGAGGAUGCAGAUUCAUACCCUACAGUCCAGUCAGAGCAGAAGCAAGAGGGUGCAUUUUGUGUAUGGACAGCUGAAGAGGUUCGGCAGUUCCUGCCAGACCCCAUUGAAGGGAUCCCAGAGAAAAAGAUUGUGGCAGAUGUUUUCAUGCAUCACUAUGGAAUGAAGGAAGAUGGCAAUGUGAACCCAAUGAAGGACCCUCACAACGAACUAAAAGGAAAAAACAUUCUGAUAAUGCAGUACUCUCUGGAACUUACAGCUGCCCGAUUUGGGCUGGGGCUGGAACAGCUGAAGACGUUGCUUGUUAAGAGUAGACAGAAACUAUACAAGGCACGGACCCAGCGGCCACGGCCCCAUCUGGACAGCAAGAUGCUGGCAUCCUGGAAUGGACUGAUGAUCUCUGGCUUUGCUCAGUGUGGAGCCAUCUUAGGCAAGAAAGAAUACAUUGACCGAGCUGUAUGUGCAGCUUCCUUCUUGCGAAACCACAUGUUUAAUGCCAGCAGUGGAAAGCUGCUAAGAACCUGUUACCAGGGCCAAGGCAACACAGUGAGCCACAGUUCUGUGCCCAUCCAUGGAUUCCUAGAAGACUAUGUCUUUGUAAUCCAAGCCCUCUUUGAUCUAUAUGAAGCCUCACUGAACCCGAGCUGGUUGGAAUGGGCUGUGGAGCUGCAGCAUAAGCAAGAUGAGCUCUUCUGGGAUCCAAAAGGUUUUGCCUAUUUCUCCACAGAGGCUGCCCAUCCUUCCUUGCUCCUCCGCAUGAAGGAUGAUCAAGAUGGUGCAGAACCCAGCCCCAACUCUAUUGCAGUUUCUAAUCUGCUCCGGGCAGCGAGCUAUACUGACCACAAGGAAUGGGUGAAGAAAGCUGGGCAGAUUCUAACUGUCUUCUCAGAGAGGCUUGUGAAGAUUCCUGUUGUCCUCCCCGAGAUGGCCCGAGCCACUGCAGCAUUUCAUCUGACGCUCAAACAGGUUGUUAUCUGUGGUGAUCUAACAGGAGAAGAUACCAGAGAGUUACUGCACUGUUACUAUUCUACUUACACUCCAAACAGGGUGCUGAUUCUUGCUGAUGGGGAUACAACAGGAUUCCUGUACCAUCAGCUUGGUUUCCUCUCCUCUCUGGAAAAGAAAGAUGGAAAAGCCACUGCUUAUGUCUGUGAAAACUUUACCUGCUCGCUGCCUGUCACCUCCAGCCAAGAGCUACGCUGCAUGCUGCUGCCCUAAGCUGCUACCCCUGGUAGCCCUUGCAUUGUAAUAGAUCUGGGAAGAAAAAGGUCAACAUUGGCAGCAUGGAUCUCACAAUAAAAUCACCUUCAGAACAACCCAGCUGUGGCCAA